AUGUUAGGUAGAAUAGAAAACGACUCCUCUUGCCACAUCAACACUCUACAUGAAGGAAAAAGUGAAGACAGAAGACUGAAGACACACAAAUCCUCCGAGACCAAAUUUUUAGAGAGUUUUGAGUCAUUUUUAAAUAAUGAAAUGCGAGAUAAACAAACAUUCAUGCGUAAUUCAAAUGAUUAA